CGAUUUGUUGAUCACAAACUUAAAAUAUUAGCAUAUGACUAAACAUUAUAACUAGUUCAUACUUGACAACUUAAUUUAAUUAACAUAGGAUUUAGUGAUCUUCAAGAGUCAUGGCAAACGAAGUGGUUCUGUUGGAUACAUGGUUUAGCAUGUUUGGGAUGAGAGUUAAGAUUGCAUUAGCUGAAAAAAGUGUUAAAUACGAGUGUAAAGAAGAAAAUCUCAGAAAUAAGAGUCCUUUACUUCUUGAAAUGAACCCAAUUCACAAGAAGAUUCCAGUUCUUAUCCAUAAUGGAAAAUCCAUUUGUGAAUCUGCAAUCAUUGUGCAGUACAUAGAUGAAGUUUGGAAUGAUAAAGCUUCAUUCAUGCCCUCUGAUCCGUAUGAGAGAGCUCAAGCUAGAUUUUGGUUUGAUUAUAUAGACAAAAAGGUGUAUGCUACUUGGAGGACAAUGUGGCUUUCAGAGGAGGAGCAUGAGGAAAGGAAGAAGGAGUUGAUCUCUAUCUUUAAGACACUAGAAGAAAUCUUGGGUGACAAGACUUUUUAUGGUGGUGCUACUUUUGGAUUUCUUGAUAUUGGUUUGAUCCCUUUUUACAGCUGGUUUUACACUUUUGAAACUUAUGGCAACUUCAAAUUUGAAGUGGAGUGUCCUAAACUCAUGGCUUGGGUCAAGAGAUGCAUGGAGAAAGAGAGUGUUUCAAAAACACUUCCUGAUGAGAAGAAGGUUUAUGAUUAUGUUGUGAGCAUGAAGAAAGCACUUGGCUUUGAUUAAAUAUGAUAUUGUAAUAAGUUUUUCUGUACUUUUCUCUUGCAUUUGUUUUGUUAGCUUUGAUUACUUUAUAAUGGUUCUAGACACUUGAGUGUGUCUACGGCAUAACAUUUAGAAAUUGGAGGGUGAAUGUUGUUAAGGAAUGUUGUUUUAAGUUGCCAAUUUUGUUCAUAUUAUAGUGAUGUAAUGCACUGAUUCAUGCCUAUGGUAAAUGUAAAUUUGUUGAGGGUACGAGACGUGUUUUUGAUGAUUUGGUUGUUAGAGA